ACACAGACAGAGCGGCCAAGGCCGAUUGUCUUCCGCUUAGAGGAGCAACUUCAGAGAGCGGCAAUCUCGGUUGCGAGCGUGAAUUUCUCGCAGCACUAGAUGCACCUGUUGAGGCACGCCCACAGCGCUCGCCUGAUGAUCACGAGGCGCAUGCGGAUAUCACAGGUAAGCCCCCUUGCAUUUGUAUGCGCCCAGCUGAUACUGCACAAAAGAUGAAGUUUCAAGACGCUCUAUCGCGACGUAGGCCCCCAGAUAUACGCGAGCGCCGGGCGUUGCACACACCACACUCCAGUACAGAAAGCGGUCGUGGUAAAAGUGCGACAGAGGUGCGGAGCAGAGGGACCCCGUUCCACAAACUUCGUCGAAGAAAUUUUCAGUCCCCACCAGCGUCCCGGAAUGUUAGCUCAUGCUUCAGAACCAGAAGCACUGCAUAUACUGCACGCAGAAGCACAACUUCGUUAACGGAGAAGAUAAAGCAGCGCGGCGGCAAUCGUGUUCGGGCGCGCUCCACGGCAGGCAUGCUCUGCAGGCUGAUGUUGAAGGAAGGGUGCGGCAGGAUAUUGAAUGCGCUAUGCAGUAGCUUUCGCCACGGUCGUUCUUGCGCCCUAGAGCUUUACUUCACGAAGAAAAGCAGAAUACGAAGAACUUCUUUUUCGUCCUCGUCUGCGCGCUUUUGCGCUGAUCAUCUUCACAACGGCCAAUCCAUGAUGGCUGCGUUUCUCUCUUGCGUGCUGCUUUUUCUGACGACCGCGCUGAACACUCGAGAAGUCGCCGCGCAAGCCACACAAGCCGUCUUUUUCACACGCGACGGCGGCGACCGGAUCCCCUGGCAAUGCAAGCCCGACGGCGAGGUCAUCCUCGACCCCGAAGAGUGCGCUUUCGCCUCCCGAAAACUCGGCAUGGGCGGCGAGCAGCUCAUCGCCAGCCGCAAAACCGACGCGGACGGCUGGCCGGAGGGGUGUUACCGCGCUCUCCUACCCGGGCUGGAAAAGUACACCCUAGUUCUGCACAAGGAGAACCAGGGCGACAUGCCCCCUUUGCAAGCACGGUUUUUCGCGAUUUGCAAGACCCCACCCGAGGAAUUGAACAAGACGGACGCGCUGUUGCGCGGGGCACGCGGGUUCUACUCCGGAAAUUUAACGAUUGAGCAAAUCAGACACCCGUCUUUGAUAUCAAAUGCAAAAAUGUCUGGGUCUGAAAGGUUGGAACUUGUCAUGCUAACUUUGGACUCUGAAAAAAUCUGUAUUGCAUGACCAGCAAGAGAAGUCUAGUUUGUGCUACGCGGGGAGGGCAUUUGUCAUGCGGAGUAGGCAUCAGGAAGCCCUCUAAAAAUCUGUGAUGCUAGGUCGUGCAUUACAGACAUCCUGGGUCAUGGAAAAUAUGCAUGACAAACCCGGCAACAUUCCAGACCCAGACAUUUUUGCAUUUGAUAUUUGAUGCUCGGAACGAUGGAUUUCCUGAUGGCGAUCCGGGAAACCAUCGCGGAAGCCGCGUCGAACAACGUGAGUGCGAACGACGUGACUUUGAUUGAGGCGGAGUCGUACCACCGGAGGUUCAAAAACACCACAUCUUCUUCCUCACCUUUUUUCCUCCAGCAGGACGUGCGAGCAGCGGGGAUGAAAAAUCGAAAUCUUCUGCCGCAGAAGCACCUCCCGUUGCAAGGACUCGAGUUGGGCAGUAACAAUGGGUACGCGGCUGCGGCCAGGACGUCGCCUCUGAUGUCACGAACGGUGAAGCCAGCGGAGCGGAAAAACCCACUAGAUUUGGACGACCACGAAACAAUUCUGAUCGACGGCCACCCGUCGCAGAGGAUAGAAAGUGGAGCUGCGUCAAAAGAUACUGGCAACGACGAUGAUGAACUGAGGUUACUAUCUCUGGGGGAAAUCCAGAGGAACAAGCAGGAGGAAGACGCUGGGCUGUCUUCGCAGGAGAAGCAGGGGUCAACUUCAAGUUCUUUGCAGAACGUUCAGAACGGCGUUCUGUCGAGGUCACAGUCCACCGGCGGAGUUUCCCUGAUUGCGACCGAGCAGCAGAUGGACCAGGAACCGUUGCUGAGCUGUUCCGUGUCCGAUGAGGAUCCGAUGCCGAUCGUAUUGCAAAUCAAUCUUUGCUUUUGCUUGCAGAUUCUGUUGAUUUGCAUCUUUGUUAUAUGUUUUUUGCGUCUGUGAAGGUUGCACGCAAAGUUGAACAACCGAUGAUUCUGUGUGAAUUGCACGCAUUGUUGUGCUUUUCGUUUACAACAACGUAGAUUUGGCUUGGAAGUUGCUCAUUCCACGUAUCGUCUUACCCUACGACGAGAACUUCGAUUUACUUCAAAUCGCAUCUAUGUAUCAAAACAGAUCUCCCUCGACUAUGACAUUACCAUCAACUACAAAAUCUUUCUGCAAACCGAAGUCUACCUCGACGGUACACCCUCCGCAGACACCUGGCUCAACGAGAUGACGGAAAAGCUCGACAAGAUUCUGAAGCUCUCCAGCAACUCGCAGCUUACCGCGAGCAUAAAACUGAAAAACCAAGUUGCGGAGCAGAAGUUACUAGAUCCGGAUAACGGACCGUUUUCCAAGGCGAUCAAAGCGGCGGAGGGAAAAUUGAACGCCGUGGUUGUGACUAGGGCUUUUUCCUUCGAUGUGACGAGAAUAAAUGCGUUUUUCGAGAACACCGUGGAGCCGCUCGGUUCUAUCACAGAUUUGAUCACGUCCGUCGCGCAGUACGGCGCGUUUUCGCAGCAGGGAGCGGCGAGCUUCGUGUUUCAACCCAGGAUGAUAUGACAGUGCACAACUCCCCCUCCCCCUCAUUUGUCAUGCAAAAUCCCAAAUCCAGUCGCUGCCUUGUGGCACUGUUUGCAAGAGAAAUUCCGGAAGCCCAAAUAGUACUACAUGAGGCACAUUAUAGAUUUGUCUUGCACAGCCUCCAUGUGUGCUGGUGUUUGUCUUGCUGUUCAUGCCAUACAAAUUAGGGGGAGGGGGAGUUGUGCGCUCUCAUAGAUGAUUGCGGCGAAGGCGGCGAAUUUGAAUAUGACGGAGGCGAACGGAUAUCCUGAGUAAAAACGUACCCACACCAGAGUUGUAAUGCAGAUUUGCAAAGACAGGAAGACUUGUAAUGCGCAUCCGCAUGAGACGAGCCAUUUCCAAUCGUAUUUUGGAAUUUGUGAUGCUGUGAACAGGAUGAGCAGAUGAAUCUGUGAUGCGGCUGCACUUGCUAACCUGCACUAUACUGCAUAGCGCAACUUGUCAUGCGUGACUCACAAAACUCCUAGGCUUGUGUUGCAAAAUCCUCAUCCUGACUCUGGUGUGGGUACGUUUUUACUCAGGAUAACGGAAGGGGGAGUGUCAGUGUAUUGAACUUGAACUGUGCCUGCUCGUUUUGAAGAUCUUGAUCUACCUCAUGCUUCCCCCUAUUGUUUUGUACCACAACUGAAAGAACUAGAACGGCAGAGUAGUUCGAUUGGUCCGAUGUUGCAACAAGAACUGGUACACUCUGACUAUCACAAACGAAAAAAAUAGCUUCUCUACGCCCUGGCUCUCGAAGUGGCCCCGGAGACCGGGAAAGCGGACUACACGUACGACCUAGGCGUCGCGUCCCAGCAGAUGAACACUUUGAUGCACAUCACGGAAAAAAUUCUUCUGCGCGGCUCCCGCAUUUUCACGCCAGAUUCCAUGCGCAAUCGCGCGCAGGCACUGAAACCGCAGGCGAUUGGCCUCGCGAAUGAGCUAAGGGACGUGUUUGUACUGGAGAAGCAGAGACGGAAGCUCGCGUUGGAUAUGCGAGCGUUGGCGAGCUUGAGCAAGAUGCUCUGGAAACUGCGGGAUAUGGCAAAUGCGGUGAAGGUAUUGGCAGGGGCAUACUGACAACAUUAAGGUCCUUGGUGUAGUAAUUUCUUUUUGUGCUUAUCCUCAUGAAGAUCAUCAUGUGUCAAUCCUCAUCUUUGAAACCUUUUACCUUGUACUGCAUAGCAGUUUGUGAGCGAAACAAAAACAUUUACAUCAAAACAUUUACAUCAGAAGAAAUCCUCCCCGACCGCGGCGGCCGAUUUGGCGGAUUACUCGAAAGAGCUUUCCGAUCGACUUGGUGGGUGGUGGUCCAUGGAAAACGUGAAGACCUUGACGGAUUCGCUGUGGAAGCUAGACGACGAGCUCGUAAAGCUGGCAAUUCGGCGCGAAAAUUACCAAAAACAGACCAUCAGAGUGAACAAGUUCGAAAGCGAGAGCGUGAAAAACGUAUUGGGAAAUUUUUUACAGUAUUUGGUGUCAGUCUUCCGAUUUGAACAUGAUUAUGCACGUAGAUGAGUUCUUGCAGAUGAGCUCCUGUUCCUUCGCAGGAGCAAUAUCGAUUCAUCUUGCAGGAGUGCGCAAAAAGGCUCCCUUGAUUUUCUGUUCUAUCACAGGCCGUCUCAACCGCCGCGUACCUCGGCUUAAGCGCCGUUCCCGGCCUGGACAAGGUAAAGGCGUGUGAGUUCGAGGCCAUAGAGAAACCGACCACCACGACCACCACCACGCCAAAAGCCUACGUCCAUGCGGUCUCGAUAAACAUCCGCGCAAACGCUUUAGGGUCCACCCAAAGACUCACCGGUUCCUUCGUCUUAAUCCGCACCGGGGCGACUUUCGACGGCCACGCGCUGGAGGACGCCUUAGCGAACUACUUGUAUUACAAUGAAAAAUGUCCCCACCCCAGAACUUGGCAAGUUUGUCUUGCAAACCUUUCCACUAGAAACAUUCCCCGUCUUGCAUAUUUCAGCAUCACAAAUUUUCAAUGCGGAACAGCUAAAAUUUGUGUUGCGCAAGAGCCCAGCAGCAGCCGGGCCUGUCAUGUAAAAGACGCCUUACUCGCCUUGCCUAGAGCUAGAUUCUGCAUCAGAAAGAUUCAUAGUCCUUUCACGCAAGACAAAAAGUUUUCAUUUGGAAACUUUGCAUCACAAGUUUUUGAGUCGUGGGGGCAUUUUUUCUUUUGAUAACUUGCACAAAAAUUUCGCAACCUGGGAACUCGACUGGCCGAGAUUGGUCUCCGUCCCGGGUUUGGUUCGCAGGGUCGCCUUUCCCGACUGCAACAGUUUGCGGGGUUGCCUCCCCCUCCGUCCGUCCGUCGUCCGGAUCCAGAUCGGCGCGGGUUCCACGCAAAUGCCGGCGAUGCCGCAAACCCCGGCGUUUGUGUCCGCGAAAGAGGGGCGGACCCGGAUUCAGGGGAAGGUGUACCUGCAAGUCGAGCGUUACCCAAAGGAGUUUGCGGACACGAAGUCGGCCGAGUUCAAGGCGCUGCUCUCCGCCAUGACCACGGUGCUGCAGGACACCUUUCGCGCGCAGCCGGGAAACUUGCGAAUCACGGAGAUUACGCCCUUGACCGGGCCUUUGGCGUUAGACCAGGGGAGGUAUGAUGUCGGGUUCAGCGGGACGGGAACAGCGGUCGGAGCGUACAAAGGGAAAGGCGUGAUCACGAACGCCGCGUCGACCGUGCAAAACGUCGGAACGGUAUAUAUGGAUGUGGACGAAUUUUUCGUGGGUGUUGCUUUUCUACUGUAAAGGCGCACGUAUUCAUGACAAGUUGCAUGAUCUGUGUCUAUCUGUAAAAUGCGAAUGACAUUGUUCGCUGUAGCUGUAUUGCCAUUUUUGCUUUUGCUUGAUGCACGGCAAAAAUGUACGUAAAAUAUAACAUCAGAUCCCGCCGCUCCCCAGCGCCGGCGGCUUUGUGAACGGUACGUUUAUGGUGAUUAACUGGCGCAUGACGGACCCCGAGUUUGACAAGGAUGAAUUUUACGGCAUCCUGUACAAAGCCGACAAGUUUAUCGAUUUGGUGAAAUACGUCCCGCUCACCACCGACAUGCGCGACGCGUUUCCACUGUUCAAAGACAACGCCACGACAAAAGACGGAAUCAACGCAAACGUGACGAAGAUCGAGCACAUCAUGAUGAUCCAAAAUUACGAAGACACGAAGUUCAAGGGCACCUUCGGGCUGGACGUCACCACGAUGCAGCAAAAUUUCAACUGGAUGGACAGCUCCGGCGAGUUCCAGUCCGCGGACGGGAACGUGAACUUCAACUGGCAGGGGGGCCGGGGACUGGCGGCGAUGACCAUGGAACAGAAGAAAUUCUCCUCCGGCUACAACUACGCGAAGGGGUCCGCUACCCUCUACAACGGCGCCGGGCAGAUGGUCAACAAGUUAGCGGCGCAGAACCCCACCCCGUCGGGGAAGCCGCCGGCCACUGACCCAGGAGCGAAGUUGAUUGCGGACGAGAUGGUGGUGUCCUCCCGGUACAUAUGGAUUGCAAAAAUGUCUGGGUCUGGAAACCUGUGAUGCAAGGAAGGAAAUAGCGAGCACACUAUGAUGCGCUCCCCAGCAUGACACGUUUUUCGGUGCUUCUCCGUUGCGUACUCCGCAUGAGAAACCGCGUUUUUGCAUGACAGAGAAGUAGAGGACCUCUUCGCGGGCACGCAAUACAGAGUUUAGAGUCAUGCCAGACUAGCAUGACAAGUCUCAGAAUCUUCCAGACCCAGACAUUUUUGCAUUUGAUAGUACAAAGCGAACUACUUGUUUUUGGUGGAAAUGGCCCGGAUACCGGAAACGGAGGAGACGAAGGGGCAGUUUGGCUUCGUGGACUGGUUUUUCAAACGGUUAUUCGAAACCGUCGUGGCGCAGUCUACCGGUGUGGAAGGGAUCAAAGCGUACGUGAAGACCGCGGCGCGGACCGGGUACGGGGGAAAUAUUGAAAGGAAAAACGUCUCCACCCCAUAGUCAAGUUGGGAAUCUAGCAACACAAAUCUCCAAGUUUUGGGAGCUGUGCAUGACAAGUUUCUUUCUGCAGUGUAGUGCUGGGUGUUGGCAAGGGAAGCCGCAUGAGAAAGCCAUUUUCUCAUCCUGUUGACAGCAUUACAAAUUCCAAAACACAGUUGGAAAUGCCUCACAUGGAGCUGCGCAUUACAAAUGUCCCUGUCAUCGCACAUUUGCAUGACAACUCUGGGGUUGGGACGUUUUUACUCAGGAUAGGAAACCAGUUUUUCUUACUCGUGGAGUUAGCCUCAAACACGACGAGCAUGAGGUCCGACUUGAUUGACGACGCAAGCGACAAGUACAUACGGGACGCGUUGGGAAUGCCAGCGAACGAGUGCUCCAUCUGCAACCAGGUACAGAAUUUUUUUGCUUUUUCCUAUAUCUUCUUCUUCACGAUGCAGGAGCAUUGAUGAAAUGGUGACACCAGGAGGGCGUCGUCGUCGUCGUGUUUCGCGAAGAACGUCGCAUAAAGGAGUCAUGUCAUUGGCAAAAUAUGAAUUUUAUCUACAACCAUCCACAUCACAUGAUCUAUCAGAUGAUGCAAAGCUCUUCCUCCCGCGGCGGGCUGUUCCCGGAUCUUUCCGCGCAGCAGUCCUUUUUCCCGCCGGGCGGGUGCGACGACACACUGAAGGAGGUUUUUCUCGGUUCCUAUGCGGACCACGACAUGCUCGCAGACAAGAAGUGGGCGGCGAUGCUUAUAACCUUCUCAGGUGUUACAACCUCGAACGUUACAAUAGAGCUUGGAAAUCUGUGAUGCAAGAAGUGCAUGAUCUAGCCAAGUCUCAUAGGACUGCGCAUGACAAGUUCCGGAGUCCCAAACCGCACUACAAUCUGCCGAAAUUUCCGUUGCAGAAAGUGGAGUGGGCUGCGAGUCUGUCAUGCCCAUUAUGCAAGACAAAUUCCAGAUUCUAUAUCUAUUGUAACGUUUGAGAUUGUAACGUUUGAGCAGGCCAUAAUGCUGUACGACAUGUGCAUGGAGGACAGCUACGAAACCUCGAUGGUGGGCACGGUAACGCACAUCGCCGAAUUCGAAGCCUCCAGGUCCUACUUCGUGGACUUCACCGUGCACAUGCCCUUUGAAAAGGCCCAGGAGGUCCGGGAUUCGUUUGCCACGCCAGAACUGGUUUCCGGGAUUAACGUGCUGAACGGGGCGGAUUUGCGCGGGAUCAUGAUCGACGGCCAGAUGGACGUGGAGGAUCCGAGCGGCACGUCCAGCGCGGCGCUGGACUCGGCCAGCUCCACGGGCGGCGGUGCGUUGCACAUCCCGGCGGUCACGGAGGGGGUGACCAUACCCAAAGCCUUUCAAUACGGCGCGGUGCCGCAAAGCGCCGCGCCGGUAACCAUCGACGUGAAGCUGCCCGGGCCGCGGGAGGAAAUCAACUUCGAAACGGUGUCGGAAAAGCAGGCGGCGCAAACCGCGAUGAGCCAGGGCGUCACGCAAACAAUACCGUUGAACGUGGUGUGGAAGAGUACGCCGAAAUUGAUGGUGCCGGGGGCCAAAAUGGUCAGUAGGUGA